CUUUUGACUCUGGGCUACAAGGGGGAGGGAAAAAACGAAUUUAGGUUCUGUUUGUCCCAACUGACUUGCCGUAUAAAUGUGAACUGUAUUUUGUUAGCUGACCAGCUAUUUAUUAACUUUGUACUUUGCUAUCUAACAUGCUAUUUUCAAGAAGUAUAGCAACCUCAAAAUCUAGUUAAAUUCUGCACUGGUCCGUGCUCUUUUUGUGAUGAUAUGUAAAUGUCUGUUAGUGUUGCGUGCUGUGUAGUAGUAACUAAUGUAGCUUCACGGAUUCUGCCGUUUGUUUUCGCACAACCGAGGAGAGGGAAAUUACAUGAAAACCUGCGUUUUAGUAAUAUCUAGGUAGCACUAGCUUUGGAAGAUCUUCCAGCCUGACUUGCUAGUGAUGUGUAGUUUGUGUCACGAUAUCUACUAGUUUACAUUACUGAAGAAUGUUCAAACAAUUCAACUCGUCAACACCAGCAAACGACUACAGUACUUCUGUUUGACUUAUAAGUAUGGGUUUGAUUAGCCGUCUCACCACCAACUGUCUAUCAGUGUUGUUAAUGCUGGCUUUGUUGAUGUGUUAUCUAAGCCUGUGCUUCCAUCAACAAGCCUCUGUGAUGAAGUUAACAGAAGAACAGUGUAAGAAAACACCUGUUCAUGUGAUAGCCAGAAACAGUUUAAAGAAUCCAGAGACAACACAAAGAGUGGCUAUGUCUCAGCAUCAAACACACGUCCCCACAUUGUCCAAAGAAGCCUCGCUCAUUGCCAGGUUCAACAAACCCAGUGAAUCUGAAUGCAGCUUGCCUUUGGAAAGCCGAUUCAACUGUGCCAGAGACCGGGUCUUGAGCCAGACAGAGUGUGAGGAAAGAAGUUGCUGCUAUGCCCCUAUUCCACAUGCAGUGCCGGGAGCCCCUUGGUGCUUCUACCCCCCUUCCUACAGUGGGUAUAGAAUGGGGCCCCUCACCCCAACCUCCAGGGGCCUGGCUGCCACUCUGAAGAGGCCCACUCCCUCCUACCUUCCCAGGGACAUCCCCACUCUUAGACUGGAGGUGUUGGAGGAGACGGCAGGAAGGCUGCACCUCACUUUGAAGGAUCCAUUUACUCAGCGAUAUGAGGUUCCACUGGGCAUUGGCCAUGCCAGCAGAGGUGCCGACCCCCAGCACCCCCUCUACAUCACUGAAUUCCAGCCUGACCCUUUCGGCUUCAUUGUGCGCCGCAAGUCUAAUGGCCGGGUCCUUGUGAACACCACAGUGGCUCCGUUGCUGUUUGCUGACCAGUACCUGCAGCUCUCCACGUCCCUGGCCUCGGGCCUGGUGUCUGGGCUUGGGGAGCACUACACUCACCUGAACCUGGAACUCAACUGGACCUCCUUCACCCUGUGGAACAGAGGCAUGGCACCACAUAGUGAUGCCAACCUGUAUGGGUCCCAUCCCUUCUACAUGGUACAGGAGGAAGAUGGCCUGGCUCACGGAGUCUUCCUGCUCAACAGCAAUGCCAUGGAGGUGGUAUUACAGCCCACUCCUGCUCUUACCUGGGUGACUGUUGGCGGGAUCCUGGACCUGUAUGUGUUCCUGGGACCAGAUCCUCAGAGUGUGGUCCGACAGUACCUUCAAGUUAUAGGUCAUCCUUUGAUGCCUCCGUACUGGGCCUUGGGGUUCCACCUGUGUCGCUGGGGUUACCCAUCCACAAAUGCCACCAGGGAAGUGGUCAGACGCAUGCACCAAGCCAACUUCCCCCUGGACGUGCAGUGGAAUGACCUGGAUUACGCAGACAAGCGCAGGGUGUUCACCUUUGACCCCCGCCGUUUCGGGGAUCUUCCAGAGAUGGUGGAGGAGCUGCAUCAGAAGGGAAUGAAGUACAUUCUCAUCCUGGAUCCAGGCAUUAGUAGCAGUAGCCCUGCCGGUACCUACCCGCCCUUCGACGAGGGCCAGAGGAGAGGAGUCUUCAUCAGGAACGCCACCGGUCAGACCCUCAUAGGGAAGGUGUGGCCUGGCCCGACAGCUUUCCCGGACUUCACCAACCCGGAGACAGUUUUGUGGUGGGAGGACUGCAUCAGAGAGUUCCACUCCAGGGUCCUUGUAGACGGCCUUUGGAUUGAUAUGAAUGAGCCAGCCAGUUUUGUGCCAGGCUCAGUAGAUGGAUGCCCUGACAGUGAUCUGGAAAGCCCCCCCUUCGUGCCAAGGGUGGUUGGAGGCCAGCUGAACUCAGGCACUCUCUGCAUGUCAGCACUGCAGAACCUGUCCUCCCACUACAACCUUCACAACCUCUACAGCCUGAGCGAAGCCAGCGCCACCCACAGUGCCCUGGUGAGGGUGCGCGGGGCGCGACCCUUCGUCCUUUCCCGCUCCUCCUUCCCUGGUAUUGGCCGCUUCUCUGGAGUGUGGACUGGGGACGUGCAAAGUGACUGGGAACAGCUCCGUUUCUCCAUUCCAGCAAUGCUGCUGUUUGGCCUGUUUGGAGUGCCCCUGGCAGGUGCCGAUGUGUGUGGGUUUGGAGGGGACACCACGGAGGAGCUGUGUGUGCGCUGGAUGCAGCUGGGAGCUUUCUACCCCUUCAUGAGAAACCACAACGACAAACCCAACGCUCCCCAGGAGCCCUAUGUGUUUGGGCAGAAGGCCCAGGCAGCUAUGCGGACUGCAGUCAUGCUGCGUUACUCUCUCCUGCCCUUCCUCUACACCCUCUUCCACCAUGCUCACACCUCUGCAGACACCGUGGCCAGGCCUCUCUUCCUCGAGUUCCCCUCUGACCCGAACAGCCAAACCAUCGACAGACAGUUUCUGUGGGGGGGUUCUCUUCUCAUCAGCCCAGUGUUGGAGCAGGGGGCAUGGGAGCUGGCUGCUUAUCUCCCCCCAGGGACUUGGUACAGUCUGCACAAUGGCCAGCCAUUCUACAGCCGAGGCCAGUACCUGCUCCUCCCAGCUCCGCUAGACACCAUCCAAGUCCACGUGAGGGAGGGACACAUCAUCCCACAGCAGGAACCAGAAUUGACCACUUCAGCUUCACGCAAUAACCCCUUCCUCCUGACGGUGGCUCUGUCUGCGGGGGGCUGGGCAUGGGGCGACCUGUUCUGGGAUGAUGGGGACAGCCUGGACACCUUUGAGAAGGGAGACUACUCUUAUGUCAUCUUCAUCGCUGGGCAGUCCCAGGUAGUGAGCGACCCCCUGAAGCUGAACGGAGGUCUGGAUGGUCUGGUUCUGGGGGGGCUGCGGGUGUUCGGAGUGCUCCUUCCACCCCGCAGCGUGUGGGCCAACGGGGAGAAGGUCAUGGACUUCACGUACUGCUCAGACAGCAAGGUUCUGACUGUGACCCAUCUUGCUCUACCCAUGUCUGAGGUUUUUACAAUCCAGUGGACUCUGUAACCCAGUGGACUGCAUUUAGUAGCCUUUUGGAAUCCAGAGGUUCUGUUUCGGACUUCUUCUUGCCUAGCUACACCCUCACCUCUCAAUCAUUGUUCACUGCUGCUCUUAAAAGAAGACAUUGCACUUACUGUUUCCUUGAUUUGUUUCAGAGAUCAUUGUUUUUAUGUCAAUUGCAUUUCUAUUGCAUUGAAAGUGUCAAGAUGAAACACGAUUGGAGUGUACAGUGUAUAUAUGGAUAUGUUACAGUAAAACUGAAUUAAUCUUUCUCCAUUUCGUCAUUGUUACAGACUGAUUUCAGAGAAGCCUUGCUACAAAGCCUACUUUCAGGAUACCAUUUAGAUUUAGGAUGGUAAUCUUAUUUUAUCUAACUAAUUUGAUGUAGUACCAAUAUUUUUUGUUAAUCUCGUAAUUUUAAGCAGCUUUGUAAUAAAGUUGGAUAUUGCUAAUGCUCACACAAGUUUGAUAUGCAUUACCAACAUCAUCUUGGGAAAUAUCAUCCUGACUUGUAGCCCGAUUGACUUGCAUCGUAGAAUAACUAUAUUUAUCACAGGAUUUCUUAUAUUUGUAUUUCUUAUCUAAAAUAAAUGGACUACUAUGUGA